AUGACGGUCACCAAGCCAUCCACGAUGAAUGCAUCAGCCCUCGAGAUCCAAUGGACAAAGGAGCCAAAGCCGGUUCCAGCGCCAGGAUUCCCGGAGAUCACGAGCUUGAAAGCGACUACUGACCAUAUGAUUACGGUCUCUUGGACCUCCGCAAAAGGCUGGGAGCACCCCAAGCUCGUCCAUUACGGUCCGAUUCCUCUGAUGCCCUCGGCGAACGUCAUCCAAUACGCCACCGGCUGCUUCGAGGGCAUGGAGGUCUACCGCGGAUUUGACGGUCGUCUUCGACUGCACCGCCCGCUCUACAAUUGCAACCGCAUGCUUUCGUCAGCUGAGCGAAUCUCACUACCUGGCUUCGAGCCCGAAGAGUUGCUGAAACUUAUUCAUAAGCUUUGCGUGAUUGAAGCACCGAAGUGGCUCCCCAACGACAAGACCAGCUCCAUGUUGUACAUCAGGCCGACGCUGAUUGGGACAGACAGCAGCAGUCUUGGUCUCAGGGUUCCAGAGGAGGCGCUGCUCUACAUCUUUCUCAUUCACUGGCCGUCGCUUAACCCUACGACAGCCCCGAACGAUGACAACACGAAGAACGGAAUUCGGUUGCUGGCUAGUACGGAGUCGACUGUUCGAGCAUGGCCAGGCGGCACUGGAGCUGCCAAGGUAGCUGCCAACUAUGGUCCGACCAUUCAGGCUCAGGGCGAAGCUCGCCGACUGGGCUAUGACCAGAUCCUUUGGCUCUUUGGACCGGAUCGGCAGAUUACUGACGCUGGAUCCGCAAACGUCUUCGUCAUUUGGAGGACAUCGACGGGAGGUCUUCAGAUGGUGACACCGCCGCUCGAUGAAAGGAAGAUUAUUCUUGCAGGCGGAACUCGCAGAUCUAUCCUCGAACUGUCGCGCAAGAUGUUCGUCGGUGGCCCUGCGAAUAACGAUGUUGAAAAGGUUGAGGUGUUGGAAAGUGACAUUACCAUGUCCGAUAUUGUCCGGGCGGUCGACGACGAGAGUCUUGCAGCCGUCUUCGUGGUUGGGACUGCUGCCUGGGUUCAGCCGGUGGCUGAGAUCAUGUAUGACGGGCGCACGAUUCGUUUACCCUUGGGAAAAGUGCCGCAUAUUUCAUUGCUGAAGGAGAAAUUGGAGAGCAUCGUAUACGGAAAAGAGGCAAGUCCCUGGGGAGGAGUCAUUGACGAGAGCGAAUAA